AUGAGGUUUGGGGCAAAGCUGAAGGAAGAGGCAAAGCCAGAAUGGAGUUCUCAGUACAUCGAUUACGAUCUAUUAAAGAGGAAAAUAGGCGAGCUGAGGGCUCUGUCUGAGGACCCCAAGGCUGGGGAGGUUCUCACGUUCUACAAAGAGCAGCUGGCCAAGAUGCGGUCCCGCCUGGCAGCUGCCAACAUAGGGGCACCAGCACUGGCCAGGACCGUUUCAGGAGAUCUCGAUGUAGAUCUGGAGGAUCUGAGCAACCUGGCUGGGGAGGUGACUGAUUUACUGAGCUACGUCAGCCUGAAUCUGACGGCAGUGCGCAAGAUCCUGAAGAAGAUGGCCAAGCACAUCAAGCCGGAGGCUCCCACGCCUGGCUACAUGAGCCUGGACAUCCGGCAUCCCCACAACCCUGGCUACCGCCUGGUGCAGGGGACAUUCCUGCCGACAACAGUAGCAGCCGACUUGGACGCAAUGGCGUCCCACGACGAGCUGACAGAGGCAGCAAAGGCGAUUCGCGAGCGCAUGUCGGCGCUCAAAGCGCAGAGCGACACGGAACCUCUCUCUCUUAGCGAGGCCGGCCGCCGGGGGUCCCUGCGCCGGAGCCUGUCCAUCUCGGCCGCCGAGCGCCACAUGGCCGAUUUUAACCGCAUCGAGUUGGAGGAAGCUGAGGCGCUGGCAAAGAGGAAUGCCGGCCUGGUGCAUGCCAUCACCUACCAGGAAGCGAUUGCCGGCAUCUUCCAGCCGCCGCCUCCUGACGAGCAAGCCACCUCCGACCUUGCAGGGCUGACGCUGAAUUGCCUGGUCGCCGGCCUCUACAUGGCCUCUUACAUGUUGAUGAUCCCCACCGCCGCCGAGUUUUGUCGUCACAUUGGCGUCAGCCCUGGGAUGGUUGGCAUCAUUGCCGGCGCCUCAGACUUUGCCUCCAUGUUUGCAACGCCAGGCUACAGCAUAUGGACCAACUACAACUUCCGGUGGCCGAUCCUGGCGGGCGCGGUCACCUGCCUCGUCAGCAACAUCAUGUACCUGCUCAGCUAUGACGCGCGUUCCCUGUCGCUGCUCGUCGCCUCCCGCUUUGUCAUGGGCUUUGCUUUUGUGUGCGCAAGCGCGACAGGGAUGGCGCUGGGCCCUCUGCUGGCGCUGCUGCUGGCGCGAGCCCCCAGUGUCAAGGCCGGCCCGCUGACAUUUGACCGCAUCACUCUCGCAGCCUGGAUCAUGGUCGCCGCCUGGCUGGCUUUCAUCGUCGCCUGGGCCGCCCUCUUCAAGGACCCCCUAGAGGAGCAGAGGAGGCGGGCACAGCUGGUGGAGGCAACAGAGCCAGAUUUGGAGCAGCCGCUGCUGCAGGACAGUGUGCAGAGCGCUGUGCGGCCGGUGGAGCCCAUAAAGGAGGCGUCCGAGGAGGCAAGCACCGAGGAAGCGGGCGAUGAGGAGCCUGGGCAGAGUGCAUUCAGCUGGUGGGACGCCAGCAUGCAGGCCACGCUGGCCGCUGUGCUGUGCCUGUGGGCGCUCAAGCUGGUGCAGCAGGGGUACGUGGACGGGCUGUCCAUCUUCACGGGGCCGUUGUAUGGCUGGAGCGGGUCGGAGAACGGCCUGCUGCUGGCAGUGCUGGGCAUCGCAUCAAUCCCCCUCUCAUUCAUGGUGGGCGUGCUGAGCCCCCACGUCAGCGACCGCGCCCUCACAGCCUCCGCACUGCUGGCCACUCUUGUUGGCGCCACUCUGUGCACGCGCGCCGGCAAUGCGCGCGACCCCGCCGCCUACUUUGGCGGCGGCGCCAUCCUCUACAUGGGGUCGCUGAUCCUGGAAGGAGCCAGCAUGUGCUUGCUCAGUAAGGUGCUGCCUGGUAGGCUCACCAGGGGCAUCUUCAAUGCAGGCCUGCUGACGACAGAGGCUGGGACGCUGGGGCGAUUCUCAGGCAACAUAGUGAUGUCAGUGGUGGCCAGGUUGACUGGCGUGGACAGCAGGCAGGAGCUGCUGCGCUUUGGGCUGACGCUGUAUGGCAUCUUCUCAGCGCUGCUGCUGCUCAUCGGCUUCUACAUGCUGACUGUCUGGCGCAAGCUGGCCACUUGAUUUAACAAGAGCAGAGAGAUACAGGAGCAUACAAGGCAGUGCGAGCGCCAAGUAGGGAGAAUUUCAGAGAAAGGGGCUGCCUUGCGAUAGUUGCAGACCCAGGGUCUUGAAUUUUGUAGGUACGUAGGUGUGUGUGGGGUUUUCAGAUAUAUGGUCGGAGCACAUAAAGAUGAUAUGCAACCUAGUGAUAGACAUAGAUAUGAAGGGGCACGGAAUGCAUGCUCUUGACUUCAGCAAUGCAGAUUUCUGGAGGGGUUCCCUCCUGAAAUCUACAUCGGAAUGGUGCAGGCUGCAGCUCCUGAUCAGAAGACUGACUGGGCUGCAUUGUGUCCAUCAGGCUAUGUCCAAAUAAAUAGAUGGUUGAUAGGCAAAAAGACUGUUGAGUUUCUGUCAAACAGAAUGAAGACGGGUGUUCAUGACAAAAGAGGGCUUGUGCUAGGAUGGCUUGUGCAUGAAUUAUGUAACGUAGAGAUUGCAUGC